UUUGUAUCUAGCCCGUUGUGGAUAGCUUCUAAACACUGGCGUCAUCAUGGGUCACUUCAAUGCGAAUUACCGUCUGACCUCAAGACAAAUCGAACAUGAUCAUACCUGUACACAUCAACACGUCAUGACACUACGCCUUUUCUGCAUAAGAUCGGUGCCGCGAAUGCGCUCUUUGCACCCAUAUUUACGAGCGUAUCACAUCAGUCCUGAUUGAUACCAAUCAAUGAAGCUCCUCUCCUCCACCCUACGCUUGUCAGUAUUCACAAUUACACACAAACCACUUUCCUGCACAAGAGCUUCCUUCAAACCACGUUUGUACAGCUCUCUACCCACCAUGCAGUCCAUCAAGAACACCGUCGCCGAGAAUCUGGGCAAAUACACACCCAUGGACACUCAUGGCCUCGCCCCAGGAGACAGCCAAUUUUCGCUCGAGCAGGUCCCUGAUCUGACGGGGAAGGUUGCCAUUGUCACGGGCGGUUCAGAAGGCAUAGGAUAUGGCGUGACACAUACCCUCCUCACCCACAACAUUUCCAAGCUCUUUGUCGUCUGCCUAGAGCCGGGCAUCGCAGAGGACGCGACCAAGGCCAUCGAGAAGGAGAUGGGCGCAGCAACAGCCAAGAAGGUCGAGUGGCUCCAGUGCGACCUGAGUGAUUGGGAGCAGACAGGCAAAGUCGCUUUCAAAAUAAGCGACAUGACCGACCGCAUCGACAUCUUGAUUAACGGCGCCGCACGAGGCAUCAUGACCGUGCAACGAAACAAAAGCGACAUCGACCUCCACAUGGCGACGAACCACAUCGGCCACGUCGUGCUGACCUCACAUCUCCUGCCCGUUCUCAAGAAGACAGCGGAGAACGGUCACACCGUCCGCAUCGUCAAUAUCGCCUCCAACCUGCACGAGCAGACGCUCCAGGAAACGCAAUUCGAAAGUAUCGAGGAGCUCAACCGGGACUAUGGCCCACAGGCACAAUACGGCCGCACGAAACUCGCAUCCAUCCUCUACUCAAAAUACCUCGCGCGCAACCUCACCUCUGAAUUCCCAAACAUCCUCGCUAACGCAACACACCCCGGCAUCGUAGACACGCGGCAAACGACGGAGCACGUGCACGAGGCGUGGCCCUUCUUCGGGUUCGCGAUGAGCGUGGGCAUGCACCCCUUCAAGAAAUCGCAAUUUGAGGGCGCGGUAUCGACCAUGUAUGCGGCGACGAUGACGGAGAAGAGCGGACAGUAUAUUGCGCCGCCGGCGAUUGUGGAGCAGGGCAGCGACAAGGCGAAUGAUGAUGCAUUAGCGGAUCGGCUGAUGGAUUUGACGUGGAAGGUGGUGAAGGAGAGGACGAAGAGCCAGUCGGCGGAUAAGGGGUGUCCGUUUGAGGAGUCGUAGGUUGGUGUAGCAUAGAUACGAUAUUAACGAAGUCUUGUUCUGUAGAUUCACUCAUAAAUGUACGGGUAUAUUCUGUAAGCAUAAGAGGCUUGCACGUGUCUUCGAGGAC